AUGGUGGUGUCGAAUGAGCCCGGGUACUACAAGGACGGGGCGUUUGGCAUCCGCAUAGAGAACCUCGAGGUCGUCGUGCCGGCCGCCACGAAGCACAGCAAGGAGGGGUUCCUGACAUUUGACACACUCACCAUGGUGCCGUUGUGCCGCGAACUCAUUGACGCGGCGGCCCUGACGGAGGCGGAGCGGCAGCAGGUUGACGCCUACCACAAAAAAGUGCGGGAAACGCUUUUACCGCACCUCCGCCGCUGCAACGACAGCUGCGCCAUCGCCUACUUGGAGCACCACACAGCGCCGCUCUAG